GGUAUCAACUUGGAGAGACAUGGGAGCGAAAUGUGAUUUUUCUUGAAUAGCAGCAGUUGGAUUGUAGACUCGUCAAGACAACCACGUUUUCGUAGAGGUCAGCAGGAUGUCGCUCUUCAAAGCUCGCGACUGGUGGUCAGCAGCUCUGGGCGAGGGGGAGGAGUUUGACCAGGGUUGCCUGUGCGUGGGUGACGUGGACAACAGCGGCAGCGGAUACGAUAAGAUUGUGGUGGGGAGCUACAUGGGCAUGCUGCGGAUAUUUGCGCCCCACCCUGCGACCCCCGGAGAAGCGCCCCAGGCUGAUGACCAGCUUCUGGAGGUGCAGCUGCGAGACCCCAUCGUCCAGGUGGAAGUGGGAAAGUUUGUUUCGUGCUCUGAUCUUCUCCACCUGGCCGUUCUCCACCCCAGGAAGCUCUCCGUCUACAGCGUGACAGGCACCGCGGGUAACGUGGAGCACGGCGUUCAGUACCAGCUCAGGCUGGUGUACGAGCACAACCUACAGAGGACCGCCUGCAACAUGACCUACGGCCCCUUCGGCGGAGUUACUGGACACCACUUCAUCUGUAUCCAGUCCAUGGACGGCAUGCUGAUGUUCUUUGAGCAGGAGAGCUACGCCUUUGGCCGCUUCCUGCCUGGCUUCCUGCUCCCGGGCCCUCUGAGCUACUGUGCACGCACCGACACCUUCAUCACUGUUUCCUCCACCCGCCAGGUCGAGAGUUACAAGUACGAGACCCUGGCAGUGGCCACCGACGCUGACACCAGGCAGGACACAGAGCAGCAGAAGAAGGGAGCAGGGAAGAGGCUGAUGGCGGACUGGACUCUGGUACUUGGUGAGCAAGCCCUGGACAUCUGCAUCCCAUCCUCUCCAUCCGUAUCCUCCAUCUUCAUUCUGGGCGAGAGGAACCUGUACUGCCUGAAGGACAAUGGGCAGAUCCGCUUCAUGAAGAAGCUGGAGUACAACCCCAGCUGCUUCCUGCCGUAUGCCUCAGUGACCGAAGGGACGGCGAACACUCUUUUGGGCAACCACAACAACAUGCUGCUGGUGUACCAGGACGUGACGCUGAAGUGGGCCGCCCAGCUGCAGUGUGUGCCCGUCGCUGUCCGAGUCGCCAGCUUCCAGGAGCUGAAGGGGGUAGUGGUGACGCUGAGCGGGGAAGGACACCUCCAGUGCUCCUACAUGGGAACGGACCCCUCCUUCUUCAUGGCGCCCAAGGUGGAGGCGCGGGAGGCGAACUACGAAGAGGUGGAGGCCGAGAUGAAGACGCUGCAGAAGGUCAUCCGCGAGGCCUCCAAGACUCAAGAUAUCCUGCCUAAAAGCGAUGCGGAGGAGGAGCUCGCGGUAACAGCCGCCGUGUCUGCGAACAUGGACGCUGUCUCGCAAGCAGCCAUUCCUGAGAUCAACGGUGUACCUGUCCCCUCCAUCACAGUGAAGGUCACAGUGAAGACUCGUGCAGCAGUGCAGAGCCCCAAGCUGACAGUCUGUGUGCCGCCUCCACUCGCAGUCACUCAGGAUCAGUUUGUGUUAGACUCCAUGGCUCCAGGCUCCACCCAAGUGGUGGAGUUUUCAGCCUUCCUGAAUGGACAGUACCCCCCUGCUGACCUGGGAGGGGACGUUGCGGUGUCCUAUGGCACUCCAACAGAGCUGAACCCAUCAGGGGUGCCCAGGGUGGCUCAGUGCAAAUUCUCCCUGCCCCUCCGCCUGGUCUGCUGCUCCUCCUCCCCCUCCAAGAGCGCCAAGUACAAGAUCACGGUCGACACCAACAAGCCUCCGGUCAACCUCAACGAGGUGUUCCCAGACUUCCUGGAGAAGUGCGAAGACAAGGAGGGGAACGCGCUGGCCUUCCAGCUGCUUGCUGGGUCCACGGUCACUGUGCUGGCCUCUAAGACAUCCCAGCGCUACAGGAUCCAGAGUGAAACCUUUGAAGAUAUCUGGCUGGUGGCCAAGGAGCUGGUGCAGCGCUUCGACAAGCACUUUGCCAAACAAGGAGUCAAAGACUUCCGCAACAGCUUCUCCGGGCCCAUCCCUCUGCCCGAGUACUUCGAGGUGGUGGACCACCACUUCCAGUUGCGGGUCAGCGCGGAUAAGUACCAGGACCUUCUGUCAGAGAGGGCGGUGCAGUUCCGGGCCAUCCAGCGCAGGCUUCUGACCCGCUUCAAGGACAAGACGCCGGCGCCGCUGCAGAACCUGGACACGCUGAUGGAGGGCACCUACAGGCAGGUGAUCGCGCUGGCGGACGCGGCGGAGGAGAACCGGGCAGCGCUGUGCCAGGCCUUCACCCGGCUGCGCAGCGCCACGCACCUGCUGAUCCUGCUCAUCUCGCUGUGGCAGGGCCUGGGCACCGAGCAGACGGCCAUCCUGGAGGCCACGCUACUGCCCCUGCUGCAGGACACGCCGCAGCUGGGCUGGGAGGAGAGUGUGGACGCAGCCGUGUCUCACCUCCUCAGGACGUGUCUGUCCCGCAGCCCUAAGGACCAGGCCAUGAGUCUGAGCACCAGCCAGCUGACAAUGCCCAAGGACACGGCCCGUCUGAAGAAGCACAUCACCCUGCUGUGUGACCGCAUGGGCAAGGGGGGCCGUCUGUCCCUCUCCUCCGAGGCCAACGUCCCCACGCCUGUCAUAAUGCCAGGGGGCUGCGAACCCAUUGCUGAGCUGGACCAGGAGGAGCCGGCCGCGGAGCAGGAGCCCGUGGCCAAGUUUGUGAAGAAGAGGCAACCUUCCAGGAAGAUCAAAGUCAAGACGGGUAAGAGCAAAGAGUGGCAGCCAGGCCUUUUCAUCCAGGGUGUCUGGGUCUUUGAGAGCCAAGCAGAACAGCCAAAUGGGAUCGUCCAGAUUUUUAAUGCAAGACUCAAAAGUUAA